AUGAGCGUCGUACGUAAAGCGCCUUCAGAAUUUUUAGUAUCAAAAUUGAAGGAGAAGUUGGCAGCUUUGGAACUUGCCACGACUGGUGUUAAAAGCGAGUUGAUAGCUCGCCUUAUGGAAGCUGAUCCAUCGGAAAAUUGGGUGAUAGGAGACAAUAUUGCGGGGAAGGAUGUCGAAGAAACGCGGAACGUAACCGUAGCUGCGGCAAGUGAAAGUAUGGAUGAGGUUGCGCUUUUAAGACGAGAGAUGGAAAUUUUUCAAAAAGAGAAGGAGAUAGCGGAACGAGAAGUGGAAUUAGUGCGAAAGGAAMUAGAGGUCCURCGAAGGACGCAAAGUUCUGCUAUGAGUCAAUUGUACGGAUUGGAAGAGGCAAACCGGUCACCUGUGCAAACGGAGAUAAGUAACUUAUCGUUAAAAGCUGUCAUUGAAUUGAUUGGAUAUUUUGAGGGAGAGGCAGAUGAGUUUACAAUAUGGGAAGAUCAUGUAAACUACCUGCRYGACAUGUAUCAUUUGACCGAAGACCAGGCAAAAGUGAUGAUCGUACAGCGUUUGAAGGGGCGARCGUUGGAGUGGUUUAGAUCGCGGAGAGAAUACCUGCAUCUCACAGUGGAUGAACUUUUAGUUGAGUUGCGAAAAAUGUUCCAUCAGCAAAUCAGCAAGAUGAUCUUGCGAACGAGGUUCCAGGAACGUGUUUGGAAGCGUGACGAGUCUUUUAGCGAUUAUUUCCAUGAGAAGAUUAUAUUAGCGAACCGGAUAGAGAUUGACGAGGAAGAAAUGAUUGAAUUUAUCAUCGCGGGAAUACCAGAUCAAUUGCUACGAGAUCAGGCAAGGGUGCAUGGUCAUAAAAGGAAGGAAUCUCUUUUGAGAGCGUUUGAGCGUAUAUCGUUGAAAGGACGCUCGCAGCAGGCGAAGAUGGGUAACUUGAUGAUACAUCGAAGUAACAUAGACGCUAGCGUUAGAGGAAGGAUAAAUAACAUAUCAGAUAACCGUUUGAGGUGCAAAAAUUGCGGUAURAUGGGUCAUUUUAGCGAAAAAUGCCCAUAUAAGAGUAGAGGCACGAAAUGCUUCGAAUGUAGAGAAUUUGGUCAUAUCGCGGUUAAUUGCCCUAAAAAUCGUAUCGCUAACAAAAAUUCAUGUAAUAUUUCACGAUCGGUGCGAGGAAAGUAUUAUAAGGAAGUAAUAAUAAAUGGUCAGAAAAUUAACGCGCUAAUUGAUACUGGAAGUGAUAUAUCUCUAAUGCGAGCCGCACAAUACAUACAAAUAGGAUCACCUAGAUUGAAAACGAAUGAGAUCAGAUUUCGUGGAAUAGGUUCAGAGGAUAAUAAAACGUUAGGGGAAUUUUUUGCGGGUAUUGAGAUUGAUGGUAAUCAAUAUACCAUUGAAAUUUCCGUGGUAUCUGAUAUAUUGAUGCAGCAUGCUGUUUUGAUAGGAACUGAUUUUUUGAACACAGUGGAUAUUAAUAUUAGAGAGGGAAAAAUUGCAAUUAGCAAACCGUCGGGAAGCGGAGAGAACAGCGAGGAAGUAGUUGAAAUCUUAAAGAUAGACUGUGUAUACGAUACAAAUGAGUUAGAUCUGUCGCAUAUUCCAUCAAAUGAGCAUAAAAAAUUGGUGGUAGACUAUAUUAAUAAUUAUAAUCCGGUGAAAGCGCGCGAUGUUGGUGUUAAAAUGAGUCUGAUACUAAAAGACGAAGAGCCAGUUUAUCAGCGGCCAAGACGUUUACCUCCGUCGGAAAGGCAGGGGGUAGAGAAUCACAUUAGUGAUUGGUUAUCUAGUGGUAUUAUUCAACCAUCGUUAUCUGAGUACGCGAAUCCAGUUGUACUAGUAAAGAAAAAGGAUGGUAGUACAAGGCUCUGCGUGGAUUACCGAAAGAUUAAUAAGAAAAUAGUGAAGGACCGUUAUCCGCUUCCGUUGAUUGGUGAUCAAUUGGACGCGCUUCAGAAUGCAAAAAUUGUUAGUACAUUGGAUUUGAAAAACGGGUUUUUCCAUGUACUAUUGGAACCGGAAAGCAGAAAAUAUAACAAACGACGUAAGGAAGCAAAACGAUAUAAUGAAAAUGACUUGGUGGCAAUCAAGCGAACGCAAUUGGUACCAGGUUUGAAGUUGGCAUCGAAAUAUUUGGGUCCGUAUCAGAUAAUAAAAGCCUUACGUAAUGAUCGAUAUGUGGUAUCUGGGUACAGAUACCGCUGCAGAAUGGCCGAGUGUAGGAGAUAUGGUGAGCGUUGCCGUCUUGUUAGCGUGGAGUGA